AUGCAGAUUUUCGUGAAGACCCUGACUGGCAAGACCAUCACUCUUGAGGUCGAGUCCAGCGACACCAUCGACAAUGUCAAGAGCAAGAUCCAGGACAAGGAGGGCAUUCCUCCUGACCAGCAGCGCCUCAUCUUCGCUGGUAAACAGCUCGAGGAUGGCCGUACCCUGAGCGACUACAACAUCCAAAAGGAGUCAACCCUGCACCUGGUCCUCCGUCUUCGCGGCGGUAUGCAAAUCUUCGUGAAGACCCUCACCGGCAAGACGAUCACUCUCGAGGUUGAGUCCAGUGACACCAUCGACAACGUCAAGAGCAAGAUUCAAGACAAGGAAGGCAUUCCUCCGGAUCAGCAACGUCUCAUCUUUGCCGGAAAGCAACUCGAGGAUGGUCGCACCCUUUCCGACUACAACAUCCAGAAGGAAUCUACUCUCCAUCUCGUCCUCCGUCUCCGUGGUGGUAUGCAAAUUUUUGUCAAAACCCUGACUGGCAAGACGAUCACACUCGAAGUUGAAUCUUCAGACACAAUCGACAACGUCAAGUCGAAGAUCCAGGACAAGGAGGGCAUCCCACCGGACCAACAACGAUUGAUCUUCGCUGGCAAGCAGCUUGAGGACGGCCGAACACUCUCAGACUACAACAUCCAGAAGGAAUCCACUCUCCAUCUCGUUCUCAGAUUGCGUGGUGGCAUGCAGAUUUUUGUCAAGACCCUGACCGGCAAGACUAUUACGCUGGAAGUCGAGAGCUCAGAUACCAUCGACAACGUCAAAUCCAAGAUCCAGGACAAGGAGGGUAUCCCACCCGACCAGCAGAGACUGAUCUUUGCCGGCAAGCAGCUUGAAGAUGGCCGGACGCUAUCUGACUACAACAUUCAGAAGGAGAGCACCUUGCACUUGGUGCUGAGACUGCGUGGUGGUCAGUAA